AUAUGUGUCCAAAAUUGGAUCUCACUCUAAGGUCAAAAGAUGCUCAUACACAUACUUGCUAUAGCGGUUGCUUCCUCAUGUGGCAAACUCAUGUUGGUUGCACCAUCAUGAUGGUUACUUUUUCAAGAUGACCUCAAGUUAAUCGCACUAUCAUGAUAGUCCCUUCUUCAAACGACCUCAUGUCAGUCAUAUAUUUGUGAUGGCCGCUUCUCAAGACAAUAUCAAAUUGGCUACAACAUGAUGAUGGCACUUUCUCAAGACUAUUUCAAAUUGAUGGCUUCUUCAAGUUAGUCACACCCUCAAGAUGGACAUUUGCAAAGAUGACUACCGUCAAGCGGAUCACACCAUCCAUUGAACCCGCAACUUUUCUUCUUCCUCACAACAACGGUGCUCCAUCAAACCUCGAAGACUUGCCUAAACUAAUCUAAUCGAUCGAUACCCCUUCAAGCAACGACACUGCUCCGCCUUUGUUCCUCCAAGCGACAGCACUUCUGACAACCGAUAGAAUAUAGACCUAAACAUUACUCGGAUUAUCGUUCUCCCAUGAUGAAUGAAAACAAAAACAUAGACCUAAAUUAUAGGUUAUGUGAGAAGAAAUAAGAAUUUUUUUGCUUUCAUUUAUUUUGAAAUAUGUCAAAUUUUCUUAAUUUUCAUCCAAGACAAGACAAAGUAUCAUACUAUAAAUAAAAUCUCAUUAAAAAAUAUAUUGUAAAUUAUACAUGUACUUUCUAAAUGCAAAGCAUAUAACUCAAUAUAUUAGCCUUCCAUUAAGGCUAGAAAGAGAACCUUGCUUCUGUCCAUAUGUUUCCAAUAAAAUUUAACUUUUUUAAUUCACCCUAUGGUAAGUAUUAAUUCUUGUUCAUCCUUUUGAUUUUCUAAUGUUUCCUGCUAUAAUGGUUACGAUAUCUGUAAUAUUUCUUUCUUCUUCAGCUCGAUAUUUCCCAUAACUUGUUGUGGAGUUAUAAAUAAAUAGGAGUAUCAACUAGAAAUCUGUGUUUAACACUCUAAAAUCAUGGAUUGGAGAGGAUGGUCAGUUCUUCUUUUCUUGGCCUAAUGUUUUCUUACGUGGAGUCCAGCAGCAGGAGAUAAUAUUUGGGAUCUCUCCGCAGAAGAAGACAAGGAGUUAGAGAGAGAACUCCAAACCCUUAACAAGCCUUUUGUUAAAUCUUUCAAAGACAAGUAUGGGAUUACCUAUGAUUGCGUGGACAUUUAUAAUCAGCCAGCUUUUGAUCACCCUUUGCUUAAAAAUCACACGCUUCAGCCACAAGGUUACCUAAAUACAAUGACAACACAAAUAGGCUAUCGACAAAGCAAAUCUUUCCAAAACGAUGUCCUACAGGAACUAUUGUCAUCAGACGGACGACAAAAGAGGAUCUAAUAAGAGCAAGAAAAUAUACACAUCAAAUACAAUCACGUGUGCAACCACUACAAGAACAAAUGGCCGAUACCAGUGGGGGAGCUUUUCAUUAUGCUCGAGUGUCAAUUGAUGCUGGUAAGGGACCAAAGUAUUAUGGUGCAAGCACAGACCUGGACGUUUUCCAGCUUUCAGGUGUUUCAGAGAACCAAGCAAGCACAAGCCAGAUCAUCCUUAGCAAGGGAGAAAGAGGUCCCAGAAAUUACAUUACCAGCGUUCAAGCUGGAUGGCAUGUGAAUUAUCAAUGGGAGGGGGACAAUUCGACUCAUUUCUUCACAUAUUGGACUUCAGAUGGUUCUCAGAAGACUGGUUGUUAUAACCUAGUCUGCAAGAGGUUUGUCCAGAUCAGUACUAGGUUGGCUCCCGGCAUGAUCUACACACAAAGCUCUUUGUCACUCUCAAUUUACAGGGAUCGGUUCACUUUGAACUGGAUGCUUUACAACGACAGGGAACCAGUGGGGUAUUGGCCAAAGGAAAUCUUCAACAACAUGGCAGAUUGUUCACAGGUGCAGAUGGGGGGAGAUGUCUACUCGCCCCUUGGUGAGCCAAGUCCACCAAUGGGCAGUGGCGUGCUCAAUGAAGCAAAAUUCACGAGAGUUCUCCUAACGGAUGGACGUGGUAAUGACAUAAAGGUAACGGAGUACACGACAAUUAAUGAUCUUCCUAACUACAUCUACGGUGUUACCUCGGAUCUUCAAACGUUAACUUAUGGCGGGCCUGGAGGUUGGCGGAAAGCUUAAUCUUCAUGGGACAAAAUUGUGAUAUGAAUGAUCGAUCUAUUGUGGUGUAUGCUUUGGAGUUAAUAUAACCCUAAAAUUAUCAUGUUGACACUGUCGUAUAAGAUUUUUUAUUGCCCAUGUGAGUCUAUAUAAGG